UAUCGGUCCAACUCCAAUUUUCUUUUUUUCUCCUGGGCUUCUCUUUUUUUUCUCAAUUAGAAGAGCGGAGCAUCCAAAUCACACACUAAAAGUGUCUCUGCAUGCACGGAAGCAAGCAGUGAGUGGAGUGGGUACUGUAAAACCCUCUCAUUUUGUCCGCUCUUCCUCUUCUUCCUACUACUACACCCAGACUUGAAUGUGAUUCACGAAUUUCCCAAAACUCCGGUAAAACUUAAAUAAGUGAAAACAAGAAAGACCAAUUAGUACAAUUUCGCUGCAGUGUAUAAAACAUGGAGGAAAAUUCGUCAUCUAAAGUAGCGGAUGGAACUAUUAGAGGUAUCACAUUCGGUUUGGCGACACCACAGGAAAUAUGUAAAUCCUCUAUUAGUGAUUGCCCCAUUACCCAUCCCAGCUUACUUCUCAACCCUUUUCUUGGUCUGCCUCUCGAAGCUGGCAGAUGUGAAUCCUGUGGUACUGCAGAGCCUGGACAAUGUGAAGGUCAUUUUGGAUACAUUGAGUUGCCCAUUCCUAUUUAUCACCCUGACCAUGUCAGUGAGUUGAAAAAGAUGCUAAGCCUGCUUUGCUUGAAGUGUUUAAAGAUGAAAAACAGAAAGGUUCAGGUCAAGCAUGUCGGUGUUCUUGAACGAAUGUUGCCCUCAUGUUGUGAGGAUGUCGUACAAAUCUCAAUAAAUGAGGGUAAAACCUCAGAUGGUGCUUCCUAUUUGGAACUGAAAGUUCCAAAAAAUGCUGCAAAUCUUCCGGACUGGAACUUCUUGGAGAAAUAUGGCUACCGCUACGGUGAUGGUUAUUCUCGACCUUUGCUUCCUUCUGAGGUUCUUACAAUUCUGAAAAGAAUUCAUGAAGAUACUAGGAAAAAGCUGUCAGCAAAAGGCUAUUUCCCACAGGAGGGAUACAUCCUGCAAUACUUACCAGUACCUCCUAACUGUUUGUCUGUGCCUGAUAUAUCUGAUGGGAAUAAUAUCAUGUCUUCGGAUCAUUCUAUAACAAUGCUCAGGAAGGUACUGAGGCAGAUUGACAUAAUUAAAAGUUCAAGAUCUGGUAUACCUAAUUUUGAGGCUCAUGAAGUUGAAGCCAAUGAUUUACAAGCAUCAGUUGUCCAGUAUCUCCAGUUUAGGGGGACAGGCAAGGCAUCUCGUGACGUUGAUAAACGUUUUGGAACAAACAAGGAAGCAGCUGAUACCACCACUAAAGCCUGGUUGGAGAAGAUGAAGACCUUGUUUAUCAGGAAGGGGUCUGGUUUCUCGUCUCGAAGUGUCAUAACUGGUGACCCAUAUAAAGGGGUGGGUGAGAUUGGUUUGCCAUGUGAAAUUGCUCAGAAAAUUACUUUUGAGGAGAGAGUAAGUCAGCACAAUAUGGCAUAUUUACAGAAAUUGGUGGAUGAAAAGCUUUGUUUAACCUAUAAAGACGGGUCAAGUACUUACUCUUUGAGAGAAGGGUCAAAGGGGCACACAUUUCUACGACCUGGACAAAUAGUGCACAGGAGGAUAAUGGACGGUGAUACCGUUUUCGUUAAUAGGCCACCCACAACACACAAGCACUCCCUCCAAGCCUUAUCAGUGUAUGUCCAUGAUGAUCACACUGUAAAGAUCAACCCCCUCAUAUGUGGUCCCCUUAGUGCUGAUUUUGAUGGGGACUGCAUUCAUUUGUUUUACCCUCAGUCCCUUGCUGCCAAAGCAGAGGUUGUGGAGCUCUUCUCUGUAGGGAAACAGUUACUGAGUUCACACACUGGUAACUUCAAUUUGCAGCUUGCCACUGACUCAUUGCUGUCAUUGAAGUUAAUGUUCUCAAAGUAUUUCUUCGAUAGAGAAGCUGCCCAACAGUUAGCAAUGUUUCUUCAGAUGGCCUUACCUGAUCCUGCACUAGUAGAUGUUCGUAAAUCAGGUACCAUGUGGACUGCCUUACAGAUCUUGGGGACUGCCUUACCUGAUGGCCUUGAUAGUUGUGGGGAGACACAUACAAUUGGGAAAAGUCAGUUCUUGGGGAUUGAGUACAACAAGGACUUGCUUUCAUCCAUUCUGAAUGAUGUUAUCACAUCUAUCUAUUUUAUGAAGGGGCCAAAUGAUGUGCUGAAGUUUUUCAAUUCUUUACAACCUCUAUUAAUGGAGAAUCUGUGCACAGAAGGUUUUAGUGUUAGUCUCCGAGAUUUUUACACGUCAAAGACUGUUAGGAAUGGUAUCCAGGAAAGAGUUCAGUGCAUGUCCAAGUUGUUGCAUCACUUGCGGUCAUCCUAUAAUGAGUCUGUGGAAGUACAAUUAGAACAUCACUUGCGUAAUGAGAAACUUCCAGUUAUUGACUUUGUGCACAAGUCAUCUGGCAUCGGUGUUCUAAUUGAUUCCAAGAGUGAAUCUGCGCUUAAUAAGGUGGUUCAACAAAUUGGGUUUUUAGGCAUGCAAAUAUCCGACAGAGGAAAAUUUUACUCAAAAACAUUGGUAAAUGACAUGGCUCGACUGUUUCAGAAGAAGUAUCCUUCUGCUGGUAGUAACCCUUCGGAGGAAUUUGGGUUGGUUGGAAGCUGUCUGUUCUACGGGUUAGACCCUUAUCAGGAGAUGAUUCAUUCGAUCUCUAGUAGAGAAGUGAUUGUUCGCUCAACAAGGGGAUUGACCGAACCUGGGACUUUGUUCAAAAACUUGAUGGCCAUCCUCCGUGAUGUGCUAAUUUGCUAUGAUGGGACUGUUCGGAAUGUCUCCAGCAAUUCCAUUAUUCAAUUUGAGUAUGGGGCUAGUGGUGGGUCAAAUUUCCCAAGUGAAUUUGGUGCUGGUGAUCCUGUUGGAGUGUUGGCUGCAACUGCUAUGUCCAAUCCUGCAUACAAAGCAGUUCUUGAUUCCUCUCCGAGCAGCAAUUCCUCCUGGGAGAUGAUGAAGGAGAUACUGCUUUGUGGAGUGAGCUUCAAGAAUGAUGUUUCUGACCGUCGGGUAAUCCUUUAUCUGAAUGAUUGUGGGUGCCGUAGAGGGUGCUGCAGAGAAAAAGCAGCGUACCUCGUCAAGAAUCAUUUGAGCAAAGUAUGUCUUAAGGAUGCUGCUGAUGAGUUCUUGAUAGAAUAUGGAGGGCAACCAGCAGGAUAUGAGAAUUCUGAAACAGGGACUGGCCUCGUUGGUCAUAUUACUCUCAACCAGGGACAGCUGGAAAAUCUGGGAAUCAGUGUUCUUGAGGUUCUUGAAAGAUGCCAAGAAAAUAUCAGUUCAUUCCAGAGGAGAAAAAAGAUUGGCAAUCUUUUCAAGAGAAUAGUUUUGUCAGUGAGUGAAUUUUGUUCGUUUUGCUACAAUUCUGGAAGCAAGUGUUUGAAAACACCAUGCUUGAGGUUCUCUUGGCCAGAUGCGAGUGACGAUCACUUAGAGAGGGUUUCUCACAUUCUUGCUGAUAUGAUAUGCCCAAUUCUGUUGGAUACAGUUAUCAAAGGUGAUCCAAGGGUUUCAAGUGCAAAUAUAGUUUGGAUUUCUCCUGACACAAUGACUUGGAUUAGGAACCCGUCCAAGAGUCAAAGUGGUGAAUUAGCUCUGGAUAUUGUUCUCGAAAAAGAAGCUGUUAAGCAAAGAGGAGAUGCUUGGAGGAUUCUCAUGGACUCCUGUCUUCCUUUCAUCCAUUUGAUAGACACUAGGCGCUCCAUCCCAUAUGCAAUAAAGCAAGUCCAAGAACUGAUUGGAAUUUCUUGUGCCUUUGAGCAAGCUGUUAAGCGCCUAUCAACGUCAGUUACAAUGGUCACAAAGGGUGUUCUCAAAGACCACCUAGUUCUAUUGGCUAAUAGCAUGACUUGCGCAGGAAAUCUGAUUGGUUUUAAUGCUGGUGGAAUAAAAGCAUUGUCUCGUUCAUUAAACGUGCAGAUACCAUUUACGGAAGCAACGUUAUUUACCCCAAGAAAAUGUUUUGAGAGGGCUGCUGAAAAGUGCCAUGUUGAUUCUUUGUCAAGCAUUGUGGCUUCUUGCUCCUGGGGAAAACAUGUGGCAGUUGGUACAGGAUCUCCAUUUGAAGUUCUCUGGAACACAAAAAAUGUUGAAUUGAAUAUACCGGAUGCACAUGAUGUUUAUAGCUUCCUGCACUUGGUGAGGAGCAGCUCUGCUCAAGAAGUAGAAGGUACCAGUUGUCUUGGUGCGGAAGUUGAAGAACUGGAGGUGGAAGACGACGAUAUGGGAUUAUACUUGUCUCCCGAGCGGGACUCUGGUUCAGAUAAGCCCACUUUUGAAGAUAGAGCUGAAUUUGAUAAUGGUAUAGAAAAUGAAAACUUAGAUGAAGGAAAGCUAAGUGGCUCUGCAUGGGAGAAGGCAUCAUCUGAGAAUGUCAAAUCUGGUGGUAGCUGGGAUAUGGCUAAAACCCAAAAUGGCGCUGAAAAGGCUGUCAAUCAGUCAGAUUCCUGGUCUUCUUGGGGCAGAAAGGUUGAUGAAGCUGAGAAUAAUCCUCGUGAAUCUGGGAACGGAGAGCAGCUAGAAUCAUGGUCUGCCUGGGGAGGAAAGGCUAAGGAAGUGGACAGUAAUCCUCAGCAAUCCGGGAAUACAGCGCAGUCAGGGUCAUGGUCAGCAUGGGGGAAAAAGGUUGAUGAAACUGGGAAUAGCCCUCGCCAGUCCGGGAAUGAGGAGCAGUCAGGAUCUUUGUCCUCCUGGGGGAAAAAAGUGGAAAAAGAUGGUGGUUCAUGGGGUAAGCAAUCCGGGAAUACAGCGCAGUCAGGGUCAUGGUCAGCAUGGGGGAAAAAGGUUGAUGAAGCUGGGAAUAGCCCUCGCCAGUCCGGGAAUGAGGAGCAGUCAGGAUCUUUGUCCUCCUGGGGGAAAAAAGUGGAAAAAGAUGGUGGUUCGUGGGGUAAAAAGGUUGAGGAAACGGAAAAUCAUAAUCACCAAUCUGGGAAAGAUGAGAAGUCAGGAUCUUUGUCCUCAUGGGGGAAAAAGGUGGAGAAAGAUGGCGAUUCCUCUUGGGGGAAAAAGGUGGAAAUUGAUGGUGGUUCGUCUUGGGGGAAAAAGGUGGAAAUUGAUGGGGGUUCUUCUUGGGGGAAAAAGGUUGAGGAAGCAGAAAAUCAUAGCCACCGGUCUGGGAAGGAAGAGAAGUCAGAAUCUUUGUCCUCAUGGGGAAAAAAGGUGGAAAACAAUGGUGUUUCUUCUUGGGGGAAAAAGGUGGAAAACGAUGGUGUUUCUUCUUGGGGGAAAAAGGUGGAAAAAGAUGGUGGUUCCUGGGGUAAAAAGGUUGAGCAAGCGGAAAUUCAUAGUCACCAAUCUGGGAAGGAAGAGAAGUCAGAAUCUUUGUCCUCGUGGGGGAAAAAGGUUGAAAAAGAUGGUUCUUGGGGGAAAAAAGUGGAAAAAGAUGGUGGUUCUUCUUGGGGAGGAAAGGUUGAAGCUGAGAAUACCCCACGACCAUCUGGGAAAGGAGAACAGUCAGGAUCUUGGUCCUCAUGGGGGAAACAGGUGAAAGAAGAUGGUGGGGCUUCUUGGGGGAAAAAGGUGGAGAAAGAUGGUGGGUCUUCUUGGGGGAAAAAGGUUGAUGAACCCGAGGAUAAGCCUCACCAGUCUGGGAAUGGAGAGCAGUCAGGAUCUUGGUCCUCGUGGGGUAAAAAGGUGGAAAAAGAUGGUGGUUCAUGGGGCGGACCUAAACAGUCAAAUUCUGAGUCGUCUUGGGGAAAAACUACUAAAGGUGGUGGAUUUGGUUCAGCGGCUGCUGAAGGCAAUAGAAGGGUUGACCAGUUAGUUAAUGGAUGGAGCUCUAGUAUAAGCGGAGAUGAACAGUUAAAUGAACCAACUAGUGAUGACGCUACAAAAGUUGGUGGUUGGAAUUCUUCAACAGUUGGUGGUUGGAAUUCUCAGAAGGUUGGUGUUGAAGAGAGUGAUAAGCAACCUCAGUGGGGUCAGCGCAGACGUAAUCCAAGAGGAGAUUUUAGGGAUAAUUCACGAGGUUGGGGCUCUUCUAGUGGUGGAGAGUGGAAGGGCAACCGGCCUGCAAGAUCAGCUGAUGACUCCAAUAGAGGUGGGAAUUUUACAGCAACAAGGCAAAGGAUGGAUAUAUUCACAGCAGAGGAACAAGACAUACUUUCAAAUGUUGAUCCUAUUAUGCUGAAUAUCAGAAGAAUAAUGCAUCAGACAGGGUACAAUGAUGGUGACCCAUUAUCUGCUGAUGACCAGUCAUACAUCAUUGACACUGUUCUCAAUUACCAUCCGGAUAAAGCUGUCAAGAUGGGAGCUGGUCUUGAUUAUAUCACGGUUAGCAAACAUACCGAGUUCCAGGACAGUAGAUGCUUCUACGUUGUUUCUACUGAUGGUGCUAAGCAAGAUUUCUCCACCCGGAAAUGUCUGGAGAACUUCGUCAGGUCAAAGUAUCCUGAUAAGGCUGAGACUUUCAAUGGCAAGUAUUUCAAAAAGCCUCAACCUCGCAGCACUAGAAAUGCAUCUCCAUCUCCAUCAGUUGGUUGACCUUCUCUUGAGUUCAGAUAGUUGUACAGUUAACUUAGUUGCUUUGUGUAAUUGAUGGUAAGACAAUGAGCUAAAGGAAACGUGUAUGUUGGCAAAGUUGGCAGUUAGAAAUUUCUUGUGUAUAUAGCUUAGUCCCUAACUUAUAGAAUUUUCAGUAAAGUCCUUUUCAAGGCUGUUUGGUAGCUAAGAGCUGUUAGCCUAUUAACCUUUGUAAACCACCAGCACACUAGCGUUGAUGAAUGAUCGAAAGCUUUAGCUUUUUCUCUUUAUUUCGUUAUUCCA